GAACUAGGCAGGUUGUUCAUUUUAUUUCGUCGUCUACAGCAGAUAGGAGGUAAUCGAGCACGUGAGUUGAGUAGGGACUAGGGAGAUUUAUUUCGGAAAAGAUCGCUUUAGUUAAGUGUAUUAAAAAGACAAAAUGGACGACAUGGAAGACAAAAUACAUCCAUUUUUUUCUGACUUGGUAGAAACGGCCCUUGCUUUUGAAUAUCCUGGUGGACCACUUGAACUCAGUAAAGUUACAUCAGAAGAUGAUUUUGUGAAGCCUUAUACUGGACAACACUUUACAUUUCGAAUUCCUUAUUCUGGGACAUUUGUUGAAUGGGAAAUCCUUUUUGAUCCCAAGAAUCCAGCCCAGCCACCUGAUUUUGUUUGUGCCGAUGACAUAAAUUGUGAUCCAGAAUCCUACUGUCAAAUGAUGCAGUUCUGGGAUUUGCAAAGUCCUGAUUGUUUAGCGAAAUUGAUCAGUCAGUUGAUCCAUAUAUACAAAGAAUACCAAAUUUCUCAAAUUCUGGGCUUCGGAAAAGCAGCUGAAACCUAUCACUCCUUGGUGACAGCAGGUGUCUUGGUUGAAAACAUUGAAGCAUGUUACCUCUCUCGAGAAAGAAAAUUCAACUUUUUGAUCAAGCUGAAUGUAAAUGAUGAAGAUCUCCCUGUAGUCAAAGGGCUUGGAAGCAUUCUAGUAUACGCUGGUCUGCUGUUUUGUUUGGGAAUGGAUGGAAAAAUUCUAACCCAUUCACUAGUCAUUUCUCCCUACCUUGAACGCCUCCUUGGCUCUCAACUGCUGGACCAAUUACAGUCGACUUCCUCGUUCAGCCAAAACAUUGACGCCCUCGUCCUUAACGAUUUCAGUUUAUCAUUGUAUCGAAUUCUGAAAAAGGUCAGAGAAAACCAUAAAAGACGCCGUGAUACUGUAUCUACCCUACUCAGUCUCUAUCCAACUAACGUUGUCUUCUACGACGAGGAAUUGUACAGCCAUAUUAUCCUACUCUUCAAGUUAGAUGAUGCUCGCUACGUAACCCGCCUGGAAUUGAAUGACGAGGCUAAAUUCAUUUUCUUUGCUAUGGACUGUCCCGUCAAAAUCGCAAAAGAAGAAACCAUUCCCUACACAGAAACUGAGACGCUCUCCUUUGCACACAAACCUUCCACCGCUGAGUUUUCCAAGUACCUCCACAAAACGCUUACUUCAAAAUUGAAACUGUUUGUCAACAGAGCCCUGAAAAGUGUUACACCAGCUUAAUUUUUUAGCUUCGACCUAACCGAAUUAUCAUCUUCAAUCAAUAUGGUUGCAUUUUGAACGUAUAGGUGCUAUUAGGGAAUCGAGCACCGGUUGCCAUGUCCCUCUUGCUGGUCUUAUUGCGAUUUCUUCUAUCCUGAAGCAUUCCUUACACGAAAUGUAACAUGUAAAAAAAAAAAAAAAAAAAUGUGAAAUCGAUUGACCAAAUGUGUCGGUUAAAAAACGUCACCGAGGUGAAAUCGACCCAACAGCAGCCCUGUCAGUUCACAACACCGAGUUGGUUUGUAAUAACUAAUAAGUAGUCUUGAUGGGCAAUUCGGAAAGAAAAAUUAUUGGAAAUUAGUGGAAGGAUGGCGACGAAACCGGAAGGGGUGAACGUCAUCUUGGGCGGAGAACCAGCAUCUUCCCAAGCUCAGCCGACAGAUGUUCGACUCGAAUUCCUCUCACACGUCAUUCAGAAAUCUUUGCGUUUGAAGGCCGAUCGUUGGAUCAAAGUGUUGACUGUCGAAGAAUACCGCAAAAUUAUUCAAGAAUUUCUCGAAAAUGCCGAACCUCCUCUCCUCAUCUUUACGCAGAGCGGACCAGGUAUUUUGGCUGUUAGCAAUGCUCCACUCAACAGCCCGCAACAUCCGGCUGUGACUCUUACAACUGGAGGCGGGAGCUCGGCUGCUCGUAUGAAAUCGCUUUAUUUCCUGAAGAAACGACCCGAGCCAGUUAACCGCGAGGAUCCACGCAGUUCCUUAUUGUUCGGCGAUUUGGCUCCGCAUCCGCUGGAGCAAGUUCUCACCUUUCUGGAUGACGUGGUGGCGCCCGUGUUAGAUCAAACAUCUAAAGGACGAAAGGAUAAUCAGAGUUUGCAGUUGCCAUGGCCACCUGCCGUAUCGAUGGAAUUGGAACGCCAGGCUAGAAAUAUUCGCGGAACUGUCAAUCGAGCUCGAGGUCUUCUUGAUGGCAAAACGGUUUUGUAUUGGCCCUGGACAGGUGCAGCUAGGACCGAGCUACCAAGUCGAAUGGAAAUGGAAAGCUGCGUCCAGCAGUGGACCACUCAGCUAACACCUUUACUAGAGGCCGAAGAGCGUGGUAUUAGCGAGCGAGCGUCUCUCAAUGACGAAGUGAUGUACUGGCGCAACCGCAGCCAAGAUUUGGAAAAUAUUUUCGAGCAAUUGAAAGAAGGAGUCGUCCGUCAAAUGGCCGCUACGCUAGAAGAAAUCGGCAGUGCUCAAUCUGCCACUUUCAAAAUGCUUUUGCGCAGGUUGAUUGCCGCUCUGGCUGAAGCUCAAGAGAUCUCGCUUCACCUCAAACCCAUCAUCAAACCACUGGAAAACCUGGAAGCGGCUGAUGUGACUGAAAUGGCCCAACCGCUACGAGUUUUGCUCCACACGGCCUCACUCGUCUGGUGCACUUGCGCUUAUUUCCGCCAGCCAAUCAAAUUAGCCAAUCUAAUCCGACAAGUAGGAAAUGCUUUGAUUGACCGAUGUCGGGUCUUUCUCGACUCACGUUCCAUCUUCACCUGGGAGAUUGAAGAAGCCAUGGAAAAGACUGCGGCUGCCCGAACCAUUUUCGGUCAUUUUCGCCAGUUUUAUAAUGAAGAACGUGAAAAUAUCCCCAGCCUGACUACACGUCUCCGUGAAGCCAAACGCUGCACUUUAACGCUGAGUCGAUCGGAAGCGAAAGAACUUUGGAAUCCGCCCACGCAGAUCGUCUUUGAAAAAGUGACCAUCUUCGAGAAACGAUUGGUGACCAUCGUCAAAAUCUUCCAAUUGAUUCAAGAAUUCUCACGACUGAGCCGAGUCGAAUUGAGCGCCAUGGGUGGACGGAGUUUAACCGCUCAGGUGCAAAAUAUCUGCAACCAAUUUUGCGAUAUUAAAGCACCAGUUGUCAGCGGUCAGUUUGGCGACUGUAUGGACCCGGACAACCAUCAAUUCGAAACCGUAGCCGUCGAUUUUCAACAUUCAGUCGUUGGUCUAGAAGAGAAAAUGAUUUCGAUUGUCAGUAACGCCCUCACUGAUGCCACGACACCUUUGAAUGCUUACCGAGUCAUUCAACUGCUGGGCAGUUUCCUCGACAGGCCGGCCAUGAUGCAGAAAGUCCGCGAAAGUUAUCCUCGUCUAGUGACCUUGGCCCUACAAGAAAUAUCUACCUGUUCCGAUUACCUCAAGAGCCUACCGAAUGCCGUCGAGUCCCUGGAUUUGGUCAGUUCCGUCCGACAAAUUCAGCAAAUCAGCAGGCGGGCCCGUGGUCAUUUGGCCGCUUGUAACAGUCUUGGAAUUGAAAGCGAUGUGGUCGGUAUGAAAACCCUGGAGGAAAAACACAAACACUUGGAAGACGCUGUCCACGUUAAGAUGAAUCAACACCUGGAAUUGUGGACGGCCCGGAUGAAUCGUAUCGCUAUUCAUCGUCCGCUUUUAACCGUCGCCGAGGCAGGAAACGGGCGGGUACAGAGCGGAGCAGAAAACGCCAUGGCCCGAAUGGUUACCGAGUGCCGCCAGCUGCAGCAGAUUUUGGAUUGCUCCACCGUUCCGCCCAGCUGGGAAUCCUGGACGGCCAUUUACGGUUCACUCAAGAUCAAGAUGAAGUUGGUAGAUAUCAUCGUCAGUUGCUGCAGCAAUACCGAGGCUUCCCUGACUCCAUCCACCCGCUGUCUACUCGAGCCACGCCUAUUGACCAUCAAGGCUGAAAUUGUUGCAAAGUGCCAGAAUUCGACAUGGACGUGGGGCAGUCAAGAUACCACGGUGAAGGAUGAGCUUCGCGUGAUGGCCGAGACGACACUGCGACUGCAUCAAGCCAUGAAGAAGUUUUCGUCGACUGCCGAAACCGUCCAGUCUAUCGCGAAUGGAUGGUCCAAGGCUCCCAUCGUCGAGUUCCAAGAAGGAAUGCUACCGUCUGGCGAACAGUUGGUUGAAUUAUUCAACAAGAAAUACAGCGAAUACGCUGCCAUCUCCAAGAAGAUUGGAUUGAUUGUCGGAGAAGCCCAGCAAAUGAUGCCAGACUUACCAGCAUCAGAUUGGGUCACGUAUUUGGAGAUGAUUGACGGAAUCAUUCUCGAAGGUUUACUCAAAGCAAUCACCAACACGUACCAGCACUUUAUCGAAAUGACUAAUAAAGGCAAUUUAUACGAGCUACAGUUGAAUAUAACAACGGAAGGUAUCAGCUUCCAGCCGCCGCUAACGACACCAAUCAAUAACGGGACGGAAGCCCAAGUGGGCUCAGGAGGCAUCAUGCAGCAAUUCGCCGUUUUAAUGACGGGUGUCACCAAAGUGGCCAGUUCAAUGGUACCCCUCAGCAAAGAAGUUCAAUUCCCGCACAGCGUCGACAAUAACACGCAAGUUAUGACGCUCCAACAAGACUUGAACGCCACCGUCUCAAACGCCGUAACUGGAGUUUCCGAAUCUGUUCAAUCGCUGGAGCAGUAUUCAUUCCUUUGGAACACGGACCCCAAUAUUUAUUUGCACAACUUUUUGCAUCACACCUGUCUGCUGGGCGAAUACGUACAUGACAACGCCCCUGCAAAUCCAGCCACCCUGCCGCACUUUAGACAGCAACUGGUCCAACUUACGGAAUGGAAAGUCACCACCUCCGAUUGCAUCAAAGAAUUGGAGAAGGUUGGAAAAAGUUGUAAACUGAAACUCAACGUCAAACCGGCCCUUCAGAGCAUCAAAAACAUAAUGCGAUCAUGGCGAGUGCUCUUACUGGAACACGUUACCAAUUACGUCAUGGACAGUGUGUGCGAUCUCGAGACAUUCUUGCAAGAAGCCGAAGAAGGUUUGGUCUGGCGCACAGGUGAAAAUGAGAACGGAGACUCUCACAAUGGACGCGAGGCUCUCCUCCGCAUGAUGGGUCAUUUGGCGGAAGUACGUUCCAGACAGUCGGGCACCGAUGCUCUCUUUGCUCCACUGCAAGAGGCGGCUACACUAUUGAGGGAAUCGGAGAAUGAAUUAUCCGAAGAGAUCCUUCUCAAACUGAAACAUCUUCCUGAAAGGUGGGAAGACAUCAAAGAAUCUGCUCAUGUAGCCAAACAACAAGUCGCAUCGCUGCAAGCCAACGAGAUCGCAGCAGUUCGCAAGAAGUUGGGCUCAUUCGAGUUGAGGCAACUUCAAUUUAGAGACGAAUUCCAUCGUCAAGACUUUUUCCGGUUCAAUUGUGAGGAUCCUUACAAGACCCUCGACCAUAUCCAUCACCGUAUCUGCGCCAUGGAGAAAUAUUUAGAAGAAUUAUCCAACUGGGCCGCUCUGUUUGAAGUUCCCGUCUCCGAGUUUCGAGGCUUGAAGAACUGCCGACGCGAGACGAUUAUGAUCAAGCAGUUGUGGGACUACUCGUACGUUAUCAGAUCAAGUGUUGACAACUGGAAGACGACGCACUGGAAGGAAAUCGAUGUCGAGCGAAUGGAAAUUGAAUGUAAACAUUUUGCUAAAAAUAUCCGCGGUCUCGACAAGGAGAUGAGAGCAUGGGACGCUUAUAUUGGACUCGAUGCUUCCGUCAGAGAUCUCUUGACUUCACUCAAGGCUAUUUCUGAAUUGCAAAAUCCUGCUGUACGUGAACGACAUUGGACUCAACUCAUUGAAGCCACUAAACGCAAAACAUUCCUCAGAGACAAUUUUACUGUCAGCCUGGUGACUGGUAUCGAUACUACACUUGCAGAUUUGCUGGCCUUGGAUCUUCACCGUUACGAAGAUGAAGUGCGAUCGGUAGUUGACCGGGCCGUGCGUGAAGUGUCAAUGGAGAAAACGCUGCGAGAGUUGGAAGCUACUUGGGCCACUCUGGAGUUGGGCAAAGAAGAACACGCUCGAACGGGAUUGACUUUGCUGAAAGCAUCAGAUGAGCUCAUCGCAACUCUGGAAGAUAAUCAGGUCCAAUUGCAAACUUUGGCCAGUUCCAAGUACGUUGCCCAUUUGAUGACCGAUGUCUUGGACUGGCAGCGUCGCUUGGGACUUGCAGAUCAAGUGCUGGCAUUGUGGUGUGAAGUCCAGCGUUCCUGGUCCCAUUUAGAGUCCAUUUUUGCCGGUUCUGGCACGGACGAUAUUCGUCAACAACUACCCGAAGACUCUAAUCGUUUUGACGAGACCAACGCCAAUUUCAAAGAACUUCUCGGCCACUUACUACUGAAACCCAACGUCAUUAGCGUGGCCACACGUCCCAACGUCCUCGACGACUUGCACCGCAUCGAUUCCCAGUUGCAGCUCUGCGAGAAAGCACUUGCCCAAUACCUGGAAUCGAAACGUGUCGACUUUCCGCGCUUUUAUUUCGUCUCUACAGCCGAUUUACUCGACAUUCUUUCCAACGGCAAUAGUCCGCAGUUGAUUCAAAGGCAUUUGACGAAAUUAUUUGACGCUUUGGCGCGCAUCAAAUUGGAACCCAUCACAACUACCCAAAAAGAUGGACCUUAUCAAGCGGUGGGGCUUUGGUCUAAAGACGGAGAAUAUGUUCCUCUGUGUAAACCUAUCCAGUGCGUCGGCCAAGUGGAGGGCUGGUUGAAUGCGCUGGCCGAUUCCAUGCGAGUCUCUUUGCGUCUUUUACUUCAAGACGCUGUGGCCAUUCUGGAAGAAAAAACUAAAGACACGUGGAUUUGGGAUUUCCCAGCCCAAGUGACUUUGACGGCGUCUCAAAUUGCAUGGAACGCUGAAGUCAGCGCAGCUUUCCAAAGGCUGGAAGAAGGUUAUGAAAAUUCUAUGAAGGAUCUGCAUAGAAAACAGAUUGUCCAAUUGAAUUCGCUUGUUGGACUACUUGGAGGUGACCUCAGUCCAAACGACAGGCAGAAAGUUAUGACCCUGUGCACGAUUGACGUUCACUCACGAGACGUUGUCGCUCGACUGGUCCAGCAUAAAGUGGAAAGCAGCCAGGCUUUUGCAUGGCAAUCUCAGCUUCGUCACAGAUGGAAUUAUACGGAAAAGGAUUGUUUCGUUAACAUUUGCGAUGCCCAAUUUCGUUAUUGGUACGAAUAUCUCGGCAACACUCCACGUCUUGUAGUGACACCUUUGACGGAUCGUUGUUACAUCACGCUGACACAGAGCUUGCAUCUCACUAUGGGAGGUGCACCGGCCGGCCCGGCUGGUACCGGUAAAACGGAAACGACCAAAGAUCUGGGUCGAGCUCUGGGCAUGUUGGUCUAUGUCUUCAAUUGUUCAGAACAAAUGGAUUACAAAACGUGCGGCAACAUUUACAAAGGAUUAGCCCAGACGGGCGCGUGGGGAUGUUUUGACGAGUUCAAUCGUAUCUCGGUUGAAGUCCUCUCAGUCGUCGCUGUCCAAAUUCGUUCCAUCUUGGACGCUCUACGUCAGCAUCGAGAGCGCUUCUUUAUGAUGGAAGAAGAGAUUCAACUUCAGCCUACAGUCGGUAUGUUCGUCACUAUGAAUCCUGGCUACGCAGGAAGAACAGAGCUCCCAGAGAACUUGAAAUCACUCUUCCGACCAUGCGCCAUGAUCGUCCCUGAUUCCGAUCUUAUUUGCGAAAUCAUGUUGGUCGCCGAGGGUUUCCUGGAAGCCCGAACUCUGGCCCGCAAGUUGGUCACCCUCUACUACUCCCUGUGCUGCCGUCUGCUAUCCAAACAGGAUCAUUACGAUUGGGGAUUACGAGCUAUCAAGUCUGUGCUAGUACUGGCUGGUACUUCCAAACGAAACAAUUCCAUUCACAAUCUGAGCGAAGAGCAGCUAUUAUUAGGUGCUCUUCGCGAUGCCAAUUUGCCGCGUUUGGUUUCUGACGAUGUUCCUGUAUUUUUGGCUUUGUUGGGUGAUCUUUUCCCAUCGGUUGAACUCAAUCGCAUCUCUGAUGCUACGAUGGAAAGAACUAUUCGGCAAGCUGCUCUAGAUUUAAAGUUGCAGCCAGAGGAUAUUUUUGUGACUCGAGUUGUCCAGUUACACGAACUUCUUCAAGUUCGACAUUCAGUUUUCGUGCUCGGUCGAGCAGGUACGGGGAAAACGCAAGUCUGGCGGACCCUUUUACGAACGUACGCCUUGAUGAGAUUGCGACCCGUCUGUGUGGACAUUGAUCCAAAGGCUGUGACAUCCGACGAGCUUUUUGGCUUCGUUAAUCCAACCACAAGAGAAUGGAGGGACGGUUUGUUGUCAUCGAUCCUUCGAGAACAGGCCGCUCAAAGCGCCAACAAACCAAACGCGGGACCUAAAUGGAUUGUCCUCGAUGGUGACAUCGAUCCUGGAUGGAUCGAGUCGCUCAACACAUUGAUGGACGACAAUAAAAUCCUGACACUAGCCAGCAACGAGCGUAUUGCAUUGACGCCUCAAAUGCGGUUGUUAUUUGAAAUUUCACAUCUGAAAUGUGCUACCCCUUCAUCUGUUUCCCGAGCUGGCAUUGUCCAUUUGAACGUGCAAGACCUCGGAUGGACUCCUUACAUCACCAGUUGGAUCGAAUCGAGGACUGAAGGUUCGGGCACUGAUGAAGAACCAGGUCCUUUGGAGGAUAUCGACUUACCUGGCGGUACUCUCCACCAGGGCGAACGACAGUACUUGACAAUCCUGAUGGACAAGUAUAUUCCCAGUUGCCUGGAAGUCAUCCGCACACGUUUCAAGACCAUCCUUCCCAUUCCGGAAAUCUGCCAUUUGCAAAUGCUCUGUCGCUUGCUGGAUUGCUUACUUACACCAGCCAUCAUGACAUCAGAAAAUCCUCGUGAACUGUUUGAACUUUAUUUCGUCUUUGCGUGCGUUUGGGCUUUCGGAUCCGCUCUACCCGGUGACCUCAAUUGCAACCAGCGAGCGGAUUUCAGCACUUGGUGGGUUAGCGAAUUCAAAGCCGUUCGAUUCCCCGUGGCAUUCGGGUGCCCGACCGUGUUCGAUUUCUGUAUCGACACGGAAUUGCAAACGUUGGUUCCCUGGACUGAGCGAGUCCCUAAAUUUGAUCCUGAUCCCGACCUGCCUAUUUACACGACUUUGGUUCCAACUGCCCAGUCCACUUGCCUUCGCUAUUUCCUCGAUUUGUUGAUGCGAGCUGGCCAACCGAUUUUACUGGUUGGAGCUUCGGGCAGCGGUAAAACGGCCUUAGUGGAAGAGGCCCUGGGUUCCCUCUCUGAAGAAUACAUCACUCGUGCCGUACCUAUGCACUACUACAUGACGUCAGAGAUGCUGCAAGGUGUACUAGAAAAUUCCCUGGAAAAGAAGGCCGGAAGAAGCUACGGACCCCCGGGAACCAAGCACAUCAUUUACUUUUUAGACGAUUUCAACGCACCUCAUAUGGAUAUUUACGGCACUGCCCAGGCGCACACUCUACUGCGACAGCAUCUUAGCUACGGCCAUUGGUAUGAUCGAAUCAAGCUGGUACCCAAAGAAAUCAAAAACGUCCAGUAUAUUGCCUGCAUGAAUCCCACCGCUGGAACUUUCACCAUCGACUCCCGCCUUCAUCGUCACUUCAUCACAUUCGCCGUCAGCACUCCGAGCAACGAAACCCAGGAAUUGAUGUUUGGUUCGUGGCUCCAGCGUCAUUUCGGCAAUCCGGUGCAGCGGUUCGCCCCCAAUCUACUCAAUCUUGUCCCGGCUUUGGUGGUGGCCUCCAUGACGCUCCACCAACGACUUUGUUUGAUUUUCCAAGCGACAGCCAGCAAGUUCCUCUACGGAUUCAACUUGCGCGAUCUAUCUGCUCUCUUUAAAGGAUUACUCCUUAGCACACCGGAAACCGUCCAGACCAGUUUGUCGCUGGUCCGGCUGUGGGCGCACGAAGCUCACCGCGUCUACGGUGAUCGACUCAACGACGACAAGGAUGCCGACAUGUUCAAAAAAGCCUUGGUCGAUACGGUCAAGAAAUGCUUCGAUCGACAGUCGGCGUCGGAUCAAGCGCUCGAGUCUUGCUGUGCCGCGCUGGCCGAUGUGGACGAAGCCAGUGUCAUGCGGACACCUUUACUGUUUUGCCACUUUUCACGCGGACUGGGCGACGCUAAAUACGGCGAGGCGGAAGGAUACACUUCACUCAACGGCAUUCUUCAUCAGGCGCUGGCGGCCUAUAACGAACUCAAUCCCGCCAUGGAGCUCGUCCUCUUUGAAGAUGCCAUCUCGCACGUUUGCAGGAUCAAUCGAAUCCUAGAGCUGCCGAGGGGACACGCCCUUUUGGUCGGCGUCGGCGGAAGCGGCAAACAGAGUUUAGCUAGGUUAGCAGCUUCCGUCGCCGGAUACGAUGUGACUCAACUGCAAAUCCGACCGGGUUAUGGCAUUCCGGAAUUGCGGACUGAUUUAUCCGCUCUCUGCCUCAAAGCUGGACUGAAGAAACUACCGACUGUGCUGCUAGUCACGGAUGCCCAGCUAGUCGACGAGACCCUGCUCGGUCCAAUUCAUGAUUUUUUGGCAGCUGGAGAGAUUCCGGGACUCUUCAACGACGAUGAAAUCGACAAUGUCGUUCAGGCCGUGCGCAAUGAAGUCAAAGCACUGGGCUUGAUGGAUUCCCGUGAUUUGUGCUGGCGUUUCUUCUUAGAACAAGUGAGACGUCAUUUGCACAUCAUCCUGUGCUGUUCACCUGUCGGUUCGACUCUGCGAUUACGGACGCAACGCUUUCCUGCGCUAUUGGCUAGUAUGGCCAUCGAUUGCUUCUUACCGUGGCCUCACGAAGCUCUACUUUCCGUCUCAUACAAAUAUCUGUCCAACAUCACUGUUCCGCUACCGGAUGGAUUCGUCGAUUCCGCUUCGCAGUUCAUGGCCUAUGUUCACUCGAGCGUCAGUGACACUUGUCGCUCUAUGCUGCAAACAGAGGGCCGUUACGCAUACACGACUCCGAAAUCAUUUUUGGAACAGUUGCAGCUUUUUGUUCGACUUCUCGAACGACAGACCUCUUUGCUCCAGGCUAAAAUUGGGCGACUGGAGAACGGCCUGGAUCGAUUGCGGGUAGCUGCAUUACAAGUGGACGAUUUGAAGGAAGUUUUGGCCGUCCAGGAAGUUGAAUUGCUCAAGAAAACUGAAGAAGCUGACCGUUUAAUCAACGUGGUGCGUAUCGAAACUGAAAAAGUCAGUAAGGAGAAGUUGUUGGCCGAUGCCGAAGAGAAGCGUGUGGCCGCAAUGGCCAUUGAAGUAGCUCAAAGGCAGCGUGAGUGCGAAGAAGAUUUGGUUAGAGCCGAACCAGCUUUAGUUGCCGCCCAGGAAGCCCUCAACACCCUCAAUAAAGCCAAUCUGACUGAGCUCAAGUCAUUCAGCUCACCUCCGCUUGCCGUAACAAACGUGACAGCCGCCGUUCUAGUCCUUUUAUCCCCGCAAGGUAAAAUCCCAAAGGAUCGAUCAUGGAGGUCAUCAAAGAUAAUGAUGGGAAGAGUCGAUCAAUUUUUGGAUUCGCUGAUCAAUUACGACAAAGAGCACAUCCAUCCGGAUGUUAUUCGUGCAAUCCAUCCUUAUCUGGAUAAUCCCGAGUUCGAUCCUGAAUUCAUCUCGUCAAAAUCAUCGGCUGCUGCCGGCUUGUGCUCGUGGGUCAUCAACAUCAUCCUCUUCUACGAGGUUUACUGCAACGUUGAACCCAAACGUCGUGCGCUGGAAGCGGCCGACGCCGAAUUAGUUGCAGCCCAAGAAAAAGAAGCCGCCAUUAAAUCCAAAGUCAGAACUCUGGAAGCCACUCUGGAGCAAUUGACGGCGGAAUUCGAGAGAGCCAACGCUGAAAAGAGAGAAUGCCAAGAAGAGGCGGAACACACCAAUCGGACACUAGUCCAAGCCAAUCGACUGAUUCACGGACUGGCAUCUGAGAAAAUUCGCUGGUUCCAGGCCGUUGAAUUCCUUCGUCGCAAUGAACUGACGAUGGCUGGCGAUGUUUUGCUUACCACAGCUUUCGUAUCUUACGCCGGAAUCUUCCCAAAACGUUACCGAACUCAUCUGCUCUCUAAGGCGUGGAUUCCUUUCCUUAACGGACUUGCCACCAAGCCAGUCCUGUUGUCCGAGAGCUUCGAUCCUGUCAAUCUUCUAGCCGAUGCAGCGCAAAUAGCUACGUGGAACAAUCAAGGACUUCCGGCCGACCGGAUGUCGAUUGAAAACGCCGGAAUUCUAACAACUUGCGAGCGUUGGCCGCUAUUGAUUGACCCUCAGUUGCAAGGAUUGAAGUGGAUCAAAGGACAUUAUGGAGAUCGUCUGCAGAUCACUUCAUUGGGGCUCAAAGGUUUUCACGAGAUGUUGGAGCGCUGCUUACGGGAAGGCCGAGUGCUCCUCAUUGAAAAUGUAAACGAAGAGCUGGAUUCGUCGCUGGAUCCACUGAUGAGCCGGCAGUUUGUCAAGAAAGGAAAAGCCAUUAAAAUCGACGGCAAGGAAGUGGAUUUGCAUCCCGAUUUCCGGUUGAUUAUUCACUCCAAAUUGGCCAACCCACAUUUUCGACCUGAAUUACAAGCUCAGGCUACUCUGUUAAACUUUACCGUCACUCGUGACGGACUAGAGGAACAACUUUUAGCUGAAGUUGUGCGGGCAGAAAGGCCAGACUUGGAGAAUUCACGAGCUGAAUUGGUCAAACAAGAAAAUGACUUUAAAAUCGCUUUGAAAGCUCUUGAAGAUGAUCUCCUACUUCGACUUUCUAAAGCUCAAGGAGCUUUCCUGGCCGAUUCACAGCUGGUAGAUUCUCUGGAACAAACUAAAGCUACCGCCAACGAUAUCACACAACGAGCGGCUGAAGCGGCCCAAACGGCUCAGGCCGUCAACGAAUUCCGUGAGCUCUACCGUCCAGCUGCAUCUCGAGCUUCGCUUCUCUUUUUCAUCAUUGGCGAUCUGCGUCAACUGAAUCCCAUUUAUCAAUUUUCAUUAAAAUCCUUUAUUGGGGUUUUUCAACGGGCAUUGGCAAAAGCCACUCCUUCGGCGGAUGUGGCCAUCCGAGUCAAUUACCUGGUCGACUCAAUCACCUACGCUCUGUUCCAAUACGUAGCCAGAGGAUUGUUUGAACAGGAUCGUUUGGUUUACACUGUUCAACAGACGUUCCAGAUUCUCAUAGCUUCAGGAGAUGUCGAUCCUGUUGAUGUGGACUUUUUCCUCCGCUUCCCAGUCGUUUCUGGUCUCAACGUUUCCGGCAGUCCAGUCGAUUAUCUCACUCCCUCUACCUGGAGCGUUGUCAAAAGUUUAUCGUCGACGGAUGAGUUCCGGCACUUGGAUCGAGAUAUCGAGUCUUCGUCUAAGAGAUGGCGCAAAAUUAUCGAAUCUGAAUUUCCCGAACGGGAACGACUCCCCCAAGAUUGGAAAACACGAUCUGCACUCCAACGCCUGUGCGUAUUGAGAGCCUUGCGGCCCGACCGAUUGUCUCACGCUCUUCGCCUCUUCAUUGAAGAGAAAUUGGGAUCACGCUACGUCGAAUCGCUUACCGUUGAAUUGUCGCAAUGUGUCGCGGAAAUGUCGCCGACUACACCGUUGUGUUUCAUUCUUUCGACGGGUGUCAAUCCGUUGCUGGAAGUGGAACAGAUUGCACGAAAAAUGGGUCGCACAGCCGACAACGGCCUUCUACACCUGGUCAGUUUAGGACAAGGCCAAGAAGGGAAUGCGGAGAAUGUACUGAAAAAAUCAUCCGAAUAUGGCCAUUGGGUCAUUCUUCAAAACAUCCAUCUUGUGAAAAAAUGGUUACCGACAUUGGAACGCCUUCUCGAACGAUUCGGUGCCAAUGCACACCCAGAGUACCGAGUUUUUCUAAGCGUUCAACCGCCGACUACCAAGACAUCCAGCGUCGUCCCUCAGGGUCUAUUGGAAUCCUGCAUUAAAUUGACCAGUGAGCCGCCUCGUGGAAUCAAAGCCAAUCUACACAUGGCACUCGAUCACUUUGAUCAAGAAGCGCUGGAGCAAUGUUCCCGUGAAGCUGAAUUCAAGACGCUCCUGUUCACUCUGUGCUAUUUCCACGCCGUCGUGACUGAGCGUCGCCAUUUUGGGGCUCAGGGCUGGAACAGAACGUACCCGUUCUCUGCAGGUGACUUGACCAUCAGUGUCAACGUGUUGCUCAAUUACAUCGAGAGUAGCGGCAAUUCCGGUCGAGUUCCUUGGGAAGAUUUGCGCUACUUGCUGGGCGAAAUCAUGUACGGUGGCCACGUCACAGAUGACUGGGAUAGACGUUUAACCCGCGCCUAUUUGGAAGAACUUUUACAACCGGAUCUACUCGACGGAGAACUGUUGCUAGCGCCCAAUUUCCCUGCGCCACCCAACAGGGAUUACUCCGGAUAUCAGCGUUAUAUUGACGAGUCUCUUCCGCCGGAAUCAACCUAUCUCUACGGAUUACACCCCAACGCUGAAAUCGGCAUCUUGACUCGCAGCGCUGGAAUGUUGUGCCGUGAACUUCUCGGACUGCAGCCCAGACAGGGUGCCGGUGUCAGUGGAGGCGCCGUGCUGAGCAAAGACGAUCGAGUCAAACAAAUUUUGGAUGAGAUCCUCGAAAAGUUACCGGAUGAGUUCCCGUUGGUAGAAAUUUGUAGCCGAUUGGAAGAAAAGACGCCCUUUAUGGUCGUUAUCGUUCAAGAAUGCGAAAGAGUCAAUGGCCUUUUGAUUGAGGCCAAACGAUCCCUCCGCGAACUCGACAAGGGACUUAAGGGAGAGUUGUCCUUGACAGAGGAUAUGGAGGAAAUGUCUUCGUCCCUUUACCUCGAUCAAGUUCCGGUCCGGUGGGCUAAACUGGCCUAUCCAUCAAUGUUGCCUCUGACCGCCUGGAUUACCGAUUUACAACAAAGACAUAAAGAGCUCGACAUUUGGCUUGUCGAUUUCCAGACACCUCCAUCGGUUUGGCUUGGAGGAUUUUUCAGUCCUCAGGCUUUCUUAACUGCUGUCAUGCAAACCGCCGCAAGGAGGGCGGAAUUGCCGCUGGAUCGAAUGACUUUAUCUGUAGAAGUUACCAAAAAAACCCGUGAAGAAAUAUCGUCUGCCCCUCGUGAAGGCGUUUACAUUCAUGGCUUAUUUUUGGAAGGUGCCCGAUGGGAUUCCAAUCUUGGUGUGUUGGCGGAAGCGAAACUCAAAGAACUGCAUCCACCCAUGCCCGUUAUUUACGUCAAGGCUGUCACGCAAGAUAAAUUAGAUAUUAGAGGAACAUACGAAUGCCCGGUCUAUCACACGCAACAGAGAGCCGAGACUUACAUCUGGAAUUUCCAGUUAAAAACGAGAGACAAACCAUCGAAAUGGGUUUUGGCCGGCACAGCUUUGCUACUUCAAGUUUAAACUAUUUAACCCAUUUAAUAUCUUGAAUACUAUAUACACAAAUCAUCUUCUGUAGAUAUAGUAUAUUAGCACACCUGGUAACCUAAUAAUAUAUACCCAACUAAAUUCGCCUCAAAUUAACAGCAUUUCCUGUAGUUAAAUUGGAACUUUCUAACAUUAUCUCUUAUCAUUAAUAAGUGGGUGUGUAGCAACUGGUUAACCAAGAACACCGUUUGUAUUAUUCAGGUUGUGUAGUAUAUUCAUGGCUUAUUGGUGCAAUCCUUCAUCCCACUUUGCAAUCGACGUUGUACCAAUAGUCACAGAGUUGCUUUUCAUCGUGAAACAAGGUACAUGUCGGACAAAUGAAGGAAACGAUGGGGUUGUCUUCGUAACAGUAGUGGAAAAUCUAAAAAGGGAUAACGACGUCCUUAUUAUUUUGAUCACAGCCCGUAGUCCCUGCACUUGAUAUUUGUUACCUUGCAAGACGCUUCUCUAUCUCUAUCUGCGUAAUAACCCGGUUGGCGGUCAUUACAAGAGAAUUCUGUAACUGGUAUUGAAAUGAUUUUUGUCACGGGUAAAUUAGAUCCAAAAUGGUCCAGCGCCAAGUCAACGGAAGGAUCAUCUGGCAGCGAACAGGCACCGGCUUUCGUCAGUUUUUUGGCAGCGGAUAACAUGGACGAGAAACGGUGCUUGGGCAUGGGUGUAGCAAGGUGUCCUUCAGCAACACUUCCUGCUAGGCCACUGGAAUUCUCGGUGAAAUGUUGGACUGCAGCCCCUUCUGGCAUUUGGUCGUCUGCGGAAGUCGACUCGAAUUGCGCCCACAACUUUUUUUUUUUUUAAUUUUCACCCACCGGAAAAUAGAUUUAGCACCAUAAAUGAGCCUACGGAAAAUGAGACACAACUAAAUUUUACCAGAAAGGUUGCGCACAUCACCACGAAGACGGACGGGGCCAUUCACCACCUCUCGAUCUGGAGUUGCUGCGUUCUAAACGAACGGCUGAUUGAAGACUGCGACAGAAGGUUAGCUGUGUCGGGGCAGUAGUUUUGAACAAUUCGAAAGUAAGCAGCCCAUAUAUCGUCGGUCUAACGUAGAAGUGUCUCAAGGUCUACUACUCAUAUCAGAUAUUUGUUUCCCGAUAACCUCCAAAUUGAUCCACGAGAAAAGUAUAUUCUGAAAUCACUAGCAUAGGUUACAAGAUAUCAUGUGAAAGGGCUAAUUCUUCCGGUUGGAGAGGGUGGACCCUUGAGGAUGGGUGGUAUAUCGAUAGCCGGAUGUCAAAAUUAAUUCUAGUCAUUCUCAGCGUCGACAUAAAUUGUGAUCGCAAAAGAUAAUGUUGUGGAAUCUUUUAUUAAUUACAGUUACAGGUUAAGUAAGAAUUUAAUAGACAAGAAGAAUUUCUUAAAAUUCAGAUUGGCUUUUUUUUGUUUUCAAAAUUAUUUUCCACUAGAGGCGCUUUCUUCUGCAAUCUAAAGCUAAUUUGAAUUGAAAUAUACCUAAAUGGUAGUGGUGAAGAAUGCAGGCUGAAUGUGGGGGAUUUUAAUUUUGUCCAUUAUUAAAAAAUUUUAUCUGUAAUGUGAUAUACGAUUCGAUGGAUUGUUUUGGAAUUUCAUAUUGUUAUAAAUAGUUUAAUGGUAGUGUAGGCGUAGAGGACACGACACGUGAUGAUGAUGAUGGACUGAUCGAACAAAAUUACUAAUAAAAAGAAAUAAAAGAAUCUGUUUUCGCUUUAGUAUUAUUUAUUGUUUCACUUGCAAAUUUUCUGAUCUCUGUACAGGAGGGGGGAGAUUCUUAAAGUGUGAUGUCACAAACGCAAAAUUUAAAAAACAUUAAAUCGAAAAAAUUUUCUGCGAUUUUUUUCACUUUUAAAAUGAUUUCCUGAUCUAUUAUUAUUUUUUUUUACUUAUAUGAUGCGAAGGGGUGUCAAAAUUCAAGAUAAAAUGCUUUCAUCUUUAAUUAAUUAUAGCCUAAAAUUUCAGGGGGUUUAGCGAUUUGUGACGUCAUUUUGAUGGGGGGAGAAAAGGUUGAUUCAAAUUCAAAUACUGCAAAAAUUCCCUCUUAGAUCGACCUACUCUGGAUCGGGAAAUGUGGAGACUAUAGAUGGCGUCGCUGUCUUGUCAAUAGAGCAGACGAUAGUGUCAACUCACUCGUUGAGUCGUUGGUGUGAUAGUGUGUCCACUUUGUUAAGCCAAACAUAAAUAAUCAAUAAAUCGUAAAAGUGCAUUGUAAAUUGUUGCUUUCUACGUAAAUAGCACAAAAUGGGUCGUACCUGUGAUAUCAUUGGAUGCACAAAUUCAAAUUACAAGACGGAAAAAUUAAGCUAUCACAGUUUACCAUCAAAUGAACUUUUGAGAGGAAAAUGGCUAGAGGCCAUUAGUGCAAAUGGAGGAUUUCGGCAGUCUAAAACGAGAAAGAAAGCGCACAACUGCGACAACACAUAUAUUUGUGGGGAACAUUUUUCAGAAGACUGCUACAUUCCGACAUCAAAGCAGAAACAUCUAAAACCUACCGCUGUCCCAACAUUCCCUCCAACAAAGAAACAAAAGUGUAUAGAAAACAACAGUUCAGAUGAUGCUACAGAAGGUUAUGUUCACAAGAGUGAAAGCCCAUUUCAAGGGACACCUGAAACAUCUGGAGAUGAAUCACCACCCAAAACUAAGCGAGCUUCUAAAUCAAAGAAAAAGAAAGCUGCAGAAAAAUCAAGGCAGAAUAAAUCUCCAGUUCUGUCAGAUAUUGUGAUAACAAAUAUUAUUGAUCAAUAUAGAGGACUGUUACUCAUGAUGAAGAAGAGUUUACCAUCAGAUGUACUUCUUCUCAAAAUUAAUCGGUUGACGGAGAGGAAUCUGUGGGCACCCUCAAGCAAUUGGAGAGAGAUAUCAAAAAUGGCUUCCGGACAUUGGAAAUGCUUGACAGUUAUUUGCAGCGUAUAUUUAAGGAAAAGCAAGAACUUGAGUUUGGAGAAUCCUUGGCGCAUUUGACGGUGCAAAAGGAAGAAACUCAACAGCAGCUGAUCCAUAGAAAAGAAGAAAAAUUGACAAAAGAAAUGGCUUGGACAGAAGAACAAAAGUCUGUCUAUGAACUCCAACAGAAUUUGCUCGAUAAAAACACGGAACUUGUCGGACAUUUAAAAUUCAAUGGAGUUCAUUCAACUUUCAACAAUAGAACUCCAAUAAAUUCUUUAAUUAUUUUCAUGUCCGACAAGGCGACAAUAGAACUUCAACGAUUUUAAAAGUCCAACAAUGGAGGAAUCUUUUGGCUCCGUCAGUAGGUGGCUAAAAUCAUGUUGUCCCCCAGCCGCCAGAUGACGCGUGUGUCUUUGAGAGGACGAAAUUUUUCGCCAUUUUGUUCCGUAACGCCAAUUGAAAAGGUAUUACAAAUUCGUUACUGGAUUGAGGUGUCGAUCUACAUUUUCAGUAUUAAAACUGAAUGGGCAAUCUGGCAUAUAUUUUCCACUUGGCCAAAUAAUCGAUCGCGUGGGCUGAAGAGUGAAGACAUGCUGUCCAUUUUGCCGAAAUGUCGUCCGUUGUUAGAUGUAUGGAUGUACGUCUCAUCUCACGCAGAAACACUACAUUGGUGUUCAGGUUGGAGAUUGCUUAACUGUUGCAGAAUGUGAGAACCCAACAAAGUGUGCGCUGUAUGGUUGGCAUCAUUACAGUGGUUUUGUUGCAGCCAGCUGGUGAAAGGUGUGAUCGAGUCAAGUUGAGCUACUGCAUGCAGUUUAUCGAGCUGGUGUUAUCCUGAAGUGUCAUUGCAGGAAGACUUUUUGGAAUGGACUUGGUGAUACUUAAACUAUGCCUGUGCUGUUCAAUGUGCAGUGGUUUUGCAGCCUGUUUCCAGUCGAGAGAUGUGAUUAUGCAGCUGAUACAGGAUUACAGAAAAAGAACUGAAGUAGCUGUGCUGGUGUUCACCUGAAAUUGCUGUGCCACAAGUGUUGCAGAUAGUGUUUUGUUCCUCAUAGAAGUUUAUUUAAAGAGUCUGGAGAUGAUCAGCUACUUCUGCCUUUUAAUUAUGUAAAACUUCAAAGUUGUAAGAAAUAUACAAGUCGAGUGCUAAA